UUAAAAUGGGCUUUUUCCAAAAACAAACGAGGACGAUGAUGAUGGUGAGGAAACCCAGAGUGAGGAGACACUCUAACAGGACUUAACUUCUACCUCUGAAACUGAUUUUUUCUUUGAUUUUGUGAACCAAACCAAAGCUCACACUCUACCCUAAACCCUUGGGGAUCUCCGAACCUCUAGUGAGCACGUUACCCUCUGCAUCAGGACCAGGAGUGAACGAGUGAGCGAACACAGAACCUCAGUCAGAACCUCAGUCCUACCCCCCUCCCACAGUUGAGAGGGGGGGGAAGAUGGCAGCUCUUGCCAGCUCUCUAAUCAGACAAAAGCGGGCGGUUAAGGACGACCAGGCCAACCGACCAAUCGCCAACAAGCGCAGGCCGUGCCCCAAGAGUAACAAGUCACUUUGCCAGAAACAGAUCCUGGUUCUCAUCUCCAAAGUGCGACUAUGUGGAGGACGGAGAGGGAGAACCGACAAGAGACCAGGUAAACCUGCCACGCCCCCUUCUGUAGAACGGCGCGGUGUUCCGUGUUCACGCCUCAGCCCUCAGUUAAAAGGGAUCGUCACACGCCUGUACAGUCAGCAUGGCUUUUACCUCCAGAUGCAGCCAGAUGGAACUAUGGACGGCACAAGGGACGAGAGCAGCUCCUUCUCUCAGUUCAACUUGAUUCCUGUGGGUUUGCGGAUCGUAGCCAUCCAGGGGGCGAAGACGGGGCUGUACCUGGGCAUGAACAGCGAGGGCUUCCUCUACUCCUCUGAGCACUUCAACCCAGAGUGUAAGUUUAAAGAGAGCGUGUUUGAGAACUACUACGUGACGUACUCGUCCAUGCUGUACCGUCAGAGCCAGUCGGGGCGCUCGUGGUACAUCGGCAUCAACCGCGACGGUCAGGUCAUGAAGGGCAACCGGGUCAAGAAGACUAAAGGCGCCGCCCACUUUCUUCCCAAGGUCAUUGAAGUCGCCAUGUACAAGGAACCCUCGCUGCACGAGCUGGAAGAGAGAGAGAGAGAAAGAGAGAGUGAAAGCACAGCACGGUAACGAUCGAUCGAGUCAAUAAAGCCGGAGUGGAGAGCGAUAUAACAGCCCGUAAGCAGAAGGACGUUUAGCACACGAUGAACUCGCGAGCGAUUGUGCAGGGGGAAUCUCCUCGACCCAGUCACAUGACCCGCGUUCCAAUAACACUUUACACACCCUCGUACACUUCCCCUGGAGGAUCGGUGUGUAGCGGGAA